CACUUCAAGUUCAAACAAACCCUAACCUAACCCGUAACUUAAAUUUUCUUUCAAUUUUUAAGAGUUAGUUUAAAACAUAAGUAAUUCCACUAAGUUAAACCAUCAAAAGUUGUAUUAAAUAAACUGUGAAUAAAUAACAUGUGUGACUUAUGAAGUGAAUGUGCAAGCAUAACUUAGUAGGCCUAACUCCACAAUAUGAUAUCCUCCCGCUUACUAGCAAAUUUUAAAAUUAUUUGUGACAGUACGCUUUCUACUAGCUUUAGCAGCAGUGGUAAAUUCCAUGUUAUAAAAAUUUUGAACUGUGAAAACAAAUAUUUGUUUGGAAAUCUAAUAGAAACUCAAAAGGAAAGAAGAAAGAAAAUUGUAAAGGAUGUAAAUAAAGCCUUUGAUGAUAAAAGUAUCACCACAAAUUGUAGUGAAGGUACACCCAGAAAUGAAGUUCAUGAUGAUUAUGAAACCGGACCUGCAGAUAAAGAGCUCACUAAGACCAGAGCUAAAAAGUCAAAAUCAUCUAAAAAGUUUACUACAGACGUAGUCAGCCAAAUCCCUAGUAAAAGUGAAUUACCAAAAUUAACAACUGACGAAUUUAUUUUUAAAUCUGCCAUACCAUUGAAUGAAGAAAACUAUCCACUAUCUAACCCCGAAAAAUGUCAGCUUUUUUCUCAAGAGUGUUCUGUCAAAAAUGUUUAUAAUUAUACAUUCAGCGACUCAGCUGUCAAAUCGUUUAUGAAAUUUCCUUCAGUUAGCAAAAUAAUAGAAGAUACCAUGUCGGAUAGAAAUAAACAAAUAUUGGACAGGUGGCGGCAAAAUAUGAUCAAGGAGCUGGGAGAGGAUGGUUUCCGGAAACAAAAUGAAGCCACGAAGGCGCGAGGUGGGGAGUUCCACGCUGCAGUGCUACACAGGGUACUCAACAGAGAGGUGGGGGAGUGUAGUGAGGUGACUAGGAAUGCACUCAACAGUCUGUCGUGGCUGUUAGACGAGGUCACUCAUCCCAUGGCUGUGGAGAGUGUCAUCGCUCAUCCCACACUUGGCUACAAGGGCGUGUUUGACUGUGUGGCGCUGUUCAGAAAUAUUCCUGUGGUAAUAGACUGGAAGUUGUCAGACAAGCCGAAGAAAGAUCUGAAAGACACAUAUGACGCUCCUGUCCAAGUAACAGCUUAUAUUGGUGCCAUUAACCACGACCCUAAUUACAAAUGGGCUGUGGACCAUGGCCUAGUAGCAGUGGCAUACACCAGUGGGGAUCCUUGUGAUGUCUUCCUAUUGGCUCCCAAACACUGCCAGAUCUACUGGAAACACUGGUUACAACGACUGGAAAAGUUCAAAGCUAGAUCACAUCUUCACCUUGACCAUGAAAUUGACGAAAAAGCACUCCAGCUGACAUGACUUGAUCAUUAUUGUUGGUAUUUAUUUAUACAUUGUAUUUUUUUAACGGCUUAUUGCUGGAUGUAAAAUAUAUAUUGUUAUUUAUACAGUUA